AUGCCUUUGCAAGGACUGCUGGCUGCAACUCAUCGGAACUGGGAUCAGAAUGUGGAGCAGACCUGGGAGGAGCUUGGGAAUAUGGUCCAUGCCAAGAGGGAGGCUUUCCCCCAGAACGCCUCCACCGCCUCUCCCCCGCUGGCCACCUCCUCCUCGGCUGAGCCGUACACCCGGAGGCAGUUCUGCAGGUGGCCGUGCGAGUGCCCCGCCAUGGCGCCCCGCUGCCCGCUGGGGGUCAGCCUGCUCACCGACGGCUGCGAGUGCUGCAGGAUGUGUGCCAGGCAGCGUGGGGAGGAAUGCACCGAGGCGGACGUGUGCGACGUGCAUCGGGGCCUGUACUGCGACUACAGCAGAGACGCGCCUAGGUACGAAAUAGGAGUCUGUGCACAAAUUGUUGGUGUGGGUUGUGUCCUCAAUGGAAUCAGGUACAAGAAUGGAGAGGUGUUCCAGCCGAAUUGCAAAUACAACUGCACAUGCAUCAAUGGAGCGGUGGGCUGCAUCCCCAGGUGCAUCGACUCCAAGCCACCGCUGGUCUGGUGCCCCAACCCCAGGCCAGUUAAGAUAACAGGCGAAUGCUGUGAGCAGUGGGUUUGCGACUAUUCAAAGAAUAUCAGGAAGACAUCUCCAAGGCAUAUCUCCUCAGCAGUUUAUGAAGGCGAAAUUGAGUCCUGGCAGAAAAACUGCAUCCUUCACACCUCCUCCUGGAGCCCCUGUUCCAGGACGUGUGGGAUGGGCAUCUCCCUCAGGAUCUCCAAUGAUAACGAUCAGUGCCGCCUGACGAAGGAGAGCCGGCUCUGCAACCUGAGGCCGUGUGAGGAGGACAUCACCAAGCACAUUAAGCCUGGAAAGAAGUGCUUGGCUGUGUUCAGGAGAGACGAGCCGAUGAACUACACGCUCUCCGGAUGUGUGAGCAGGACCAUCUACCGGCCCAAGUUCUGCGGCGUCUGCUUGGAUAAUCGCUGCUGCGCACCAUACAAGUCCAAGACUAUCGAUGUGAGCUUUGAGUGUCCAGAUGGGACUGGUUUUUCCAGGAAAGUCAUGUGGAUCAAUGCCUGUUUCUGCAACCUGAGCUGCAAGAACCCCAAUGACCUAUUUGCCAAUUUGGCUCAUUAUCACGAUUACUCUGAAAUUGCUAAUUGAGUUGACUGAAUGCUGCAAAGCACUGGGGGUGGGGGGAGGAAGCGAGAGGGGGAGCUGCCUUCCAAAUUCUACAUGUUAUUACUCUGAUUUUACAGAGGAUCAAAAAUAAAAGAAAAUCUUUUCAUUCAUCA